AUGCGGAAAUGGCCAUUCAUUGAUCGAGUAUUAUUUCACGAUUUUGGUUUGCGAAAAAUCGAGGCUAGAUUUUGGAUCACUGAGUUCAAAGGACGCCUUGUUAAUUUCAGUACAGCUUUAUUCGUAUUAGCGCGGCAGUCAUCGUUUAUGAUGGGUUUUGUUGAAUGGUUACGCAUCGAUGCGCUGCCAUCCUCUUUGACAGUGUUGAUGCUUGCACAGAAUUUUAAAAUUCUUCAAGGAUCUGUGCAGCGUCCGUUUAUCCAUUGGAAUGACCCGAAAGCCGUAAAGUUGUGUGGGAGCAGUGAUCGUUUGAUGAUGCGGCUGUCACAGUUACCGUCAUCAUGGGAAUGGUUGCUACUGGCAGAAUCUUCUGUUACACUGGUUUGGAGUACCAUUGCGCAUAUCAUCAUGCUAGAGACUUUCCGGAGUUUGAAACGACUUUUCGGGACAUUCACCAGUAAAACAGUGUCGAAAACCUCACGGAUGUUUCAUUUCAAUAUUGAAACUGCAAAUCCAGUUACAGUGGAAUUUCAGCUUCCGGAAGAGCACGUGUACGUCCUUGAAACUCAGAGUUUGAAACGACUUUUCGGGACAUUCACCAGUAAAACAAUGUCGAAAACCUCACGGAUGUUUCAUUUCAAUAUUGAAACUGCAAAUUCAGUUACAGUGGAAUUUCAGCUUCCGGAAGAGCACGUGAUGCGCUGGGAAGCACCUUCUUUACAUGCGCAGCGCAGUGAUCAUUUGACAAUCACACUGCCACAGUUCACUGCAUUUUUAGAUGGGCAUCCUAUCCUCACUAUUGAAAAAUUUCGUAUCCAGAGGCGAGCAUUCGACUCGAAAAUGGAUUUGGGACGGAAAGAAUUUAACACAUUGAAAAAUCGAACUAAUAAAGUUUGGACAUGGUCCGCUAAUUCACUGAUGUUCUUAUUUCCAUAUGGGUACAAUUUUGCAGCCGGCUAUGACGAGGUAUGGUGA